ACGACGACGUGGGACGACGAGGGUGGGACGACGACGCGCCCGACUGUCGCGCGUCAGAGACGUCCGCCGCAUUACUAUUACUACCGAUUCUUCCCAUCGUACCAUGACCUGCCCAAGCAGCGUCCUGCGCCCGCUCGUCGCGCUCGCCACCGACUCGGAGAGCGCUCUGGUCUGUCGCGCGCAGUCGCUCGCUGCCUUUUACGACGUUCUUGUCGCUCGCAACGCGACGCUCCCCGCGUCCUUUGAAUCCAACGACGCUUGCGCAGCCGUGUACGCGUCGCUGCAGGCGCUUGCGCGCAAUACGACACCCGACUGCGUCUGGAACGCCACCAACGUGUCGCUCUCGGUGCUGAGCGCGACGCCGUGGCGUGCCAUGCUGCUCUCGCUGCCUGCGAUGGUCACGUCCAGCGCUGAGGCGGCCGCCACGACGGCCGAGGGCGGCAGCAGCCACGCUGUGAUUGUCGUCGUCGUUGCCGCGAUCGUCUUGGGUCUCGCCGCUGCCGUGUUUGUCAAGACGGCCACGCGCCGCCUCGCUGCCGAGCUCUACGUGCAAAGCUUGGAGACCAAGGUUGCCGCCCCGAACGUCCUCAACGACGACGAUGACAAUGAAUGGACGUGGACGGGGGACCGCGUGCCCGGGGAAGUGUCGGUCUAG